GAGACAAGCAGCAUCAGCAGCAGCAACAUGGCUCUCAUCCCCUCCCAGGUCCUGAGGGUUGCUAUCCUGCUCUCCUACCUCUCCAUCCUCUGCAAUUUCAAAGCCCUCGACAUCCCAGCUCACCAAACAUACGGCGGCAGCUGGAAAUUCCUAACAUUCAUAGACCUGGUGAUACAGACUGUGUUCUUUGGAAUCUGUGUACUGACGGACCUCUCGAGUCUCCUUACUCAAGGCACUAACGACCGAGAGCAGCAGAGACAGCUCAGGAAACUGAUCUUUCUCAGAGACUGGGUGAUGGCUGUCCUGGCAUUCCCUGUGGGUGUGAUGGUGGUGACACUGUUCUGGACCUUGUACCUAUACGAUCGGGAGCUGGUUUAUCCAAAAAUCCUGGACAGUUUUAUACCACCAUGGAUUAACCAUGGAAUGCACACUACAGUCCUUCCCUUCAUUCUAAUUGAAAUGAGGACAACACAUUAUGAUUAUCCCAACAGGAAGUCAGGCCAGGCUGCAGUUAGCAUCUUUUCGACUGGAUAUAUCUUAUGGAUUUGCUGGAUCCACCAUGUCACAGGAAUGUGGGUCUAUCCAUUUCUCGACCACCUCUCCAACAUUCUGAAGGUUAUUGUCUUUGUUGCAUUGUUCAUUGCUAUCAACGUACUAUACGUGGUGGGUGAGAUGUUGAACAGUUUCAUCUGGGAUAAGUCAAGAUAUACAGAAGAAAAGCUUGACAGCAAGAACAAAAUGGACUAACACAAGAUAAAAGAGAUUAUAAUGUGAAACUGCGGAGUGAAGUCAUUUAUUCCAACCCAUCAAAAAAAAGAAACAGACAUUACAGUAUCUAAACAAUGCCAUGGAAUCACAGUCAUUAACCUCACGAACUUCAACCCAGCCAGCUUGGUUGGAGCUAAAUCACCUGACUAAUGAGAUCGCAGCAUCAAAACGGUCAUUGGUUAAUUCGUAAUAAGUAACAAUUCACAGUUGUCAAAUUACAGAGGUUGAGUUUAAAGAGGUGUGAACUGUUGAGACAAGAGUGUAGACUUUCCAAUUAAUGUGGUGUUUAUUUUCAACACCAGUGCUAACACAGUUAUUUUAAAUGGAUCCACAUUGGCAUUAUGUCAAGGACAUCAACAAAGCCUGGUUAAGAGAGAACCAGCUUCACACCAUGUUAUCUCUGGUUAAGAGAGAGCUGUGUUUUUUAGAAAGCUCCAUAUUCCCAUCUUUCCAACUCCCUUUCACAAUGUUGCAUCUCUGUGAGAACCUUCAGUUUGUUGCUUGAUGCGUUGUUGUAAUAUACACAAGGUACUGUAGCCCUCUGUUUUCCUUGAGACUGAAUUCUUACACCUUCAACAAUUGACCUUUUUCCUUUUCUUCCCCUUAAUUUUAAAAUUCUCAUCCUUGUUUUCAAAUCCCUCAUGGUCUCAUCCCUCUUUACCUCUGUCAUCUCCUCCAGCCUCUCCAUUUUUGAAGACAUCUGCACUCCUCCAAUUCAGGCCUGGUGAGUAUUGUUGAUUUUGCUUCCCCAUAACCUGACCUUCUGGAAACUAGCCCCUACAACUCUGUCAUUAAAUAACUGACUCUUUCUUUACCAUCAAGGCACUCCUUAAAACCUACCACUUCAAUCAUGCUUUUGUCCAUCUGCCCUAAUGAGUCAAAUGUUCUUUGAUCGUGCUUGGGGGUGUAACGGUUUAGUGAUAUUAUCACUGGGCUCUUAAUCCAGAGAUCCCAGGUAACAUUCUGGGAACCUGGGUUUGAUUCCCACUAUGGCAGGUAGUGGCAUUGGAAUUUAAUAGAUAUAUUGAGUUAAAAAUCUAACGGUAACCAUGAAUCCAUUGUUGAUUGAUGGAACAACACAUCUGGUUCACUAGUAUCUCUUAGGGAAGGAAAUUGCCAUCUUUACUUGCCCUGGCCGACAUAUGACCCACAGCAAUGUUGUUGGCUCUUAACUGCCCUCUGGGCAAUUAGGGAUAGAUAAUAAAUGCUGCCUGGGCAGCAACACCCUCAUCCUGUGAAUCAAUAAAAUGAAAUAUUCCUGUAAAACACCGUGGGAGGUUUUCCUAUGUUAAAAGUGCUGAAUAAAUUCACCUUGUUGCCCAAUUUAAGGGCUUCAAUUAGCAGUGGGUUUAGCAAGGUCAUCCACAAGCCAUCCUACCCAGGAUUUUACUGAGGUAGGGGUGAGAAAGUGGCAGGGUCCGCUCCCACCCGAUCAAAUAUUCCAUCCCCAGCCCAUCACCAGCCACGCUGUAGGAAAGUGCAGUCAGAUUCCAACGCUUAAUGACUGUGGCUUUUCAUCAGAACUGGCAAAAUGGGAUAGGUUUCAAACCAGGGAAAGGUGAAAGAAAGGAAGGUCAGCAAUCGAUUGGAAGGUGAGUGGGAUUAAAUGAUACAAGUAUUGGCAGUGCUGGGGCAACAGAAUAGUACUGGGACAAAUGGGAAAUAAAUGCAUCUAGAGGAGGAGUGAAUGGUGGAAUAGUGAACAGUUCCCAUUUAGAAGCAAUAUGGGAAGAUGAAAACAAGAUUAAGACCAAAGAGAAGGGGAUAUAGGAACAGGAGUAGGCCAUUCAGCCCCUUUAGUCUGUUCCACCAUUCAGUGAGAUGAUGGUUGAUCUGUACCAGCUUUGGCUCAUAUCCCUGAAUGCCUUUGCUUAAUAAAAAAAAAGGAGAUCUAUUUCAAAUUUCAAAUUUAAACUGAUUGAGCAUCCACCGUCAUCUGUGGAAGAGAGUUCCAAACAUCUACCACCCUUUGUGUAGAGAAGUGCCUCCUAACAUCUCUCCGGAAUAGUAUGGUCCGAACUAAACUACAUCCCCUGAGUUUUAGAAAGGAACCAAAACAGGAAAGCUGUAAAGCUUUGAAUCGAACGAUUCCUUACAGUGAGCAUCAUUGGAAGAGCAGGAAGGGGACUAAAGGCAGUGAGGUGACCAUAAAACAUACCAUGAUGUUCCCUGAGAAGUGCCCAGCUGCCUCAAUAUUGUCCAUAGGCAGAAGUGCAACAGGGAAGGUCCUUUUAAACCCAGAUUGUGAACUUAACUCAUGUCUCUAUGAAUAGCCCCUCUGUAACUGUUCAUCAGGGCACUGCUUUAAAGACCAUAAGAACAUUGAACUGGAUUAGACCAUUCAGACCAUCAAGUCUGCUUUUCAUACAAAGAAAUUUUGGCUUAUCUGAUAAACAUUUUGAGAUGUGGUAAUAUUAAUAAUUGGGCUGGAUGGAGUAGAUGAGGAAAGAAUGUUCCCGAUGUUGGGGAAGUCUAGAACUAGGGGUCACAAUCUAAGAAUAAGGGUUAAGCCAUUUGGGACUGAGAUGAGGAAGAAUUUCUUCACUCAGAGAGUUGUGAACCUGUGGAAUUCUCUCCCACAGAAAGCUGUUGGGGCCAGUAGACAGUAAGGAUGGCAGGCGCUGGAAACUUGGGUCAAUAAAUGUGGGUCUGGAAAAGCACAGCAGGUCAGACAGCAUCCGAGGAGCAGAAAAGGCCAAAACCCCUCAUCAGGACUGAGGGUAGGAGGGUGGAGGGAGCCCAGAAAUAAAUAGACGGGCGGUGAGGUUGGAAGGUGGGGUAGGUGAGAUGGAGAUAGGUGGAUGCAGGUGGAGAGUUACUGUGGUUGGUCAAUGGGAAGGCUGUAGCAGAUUGAUGAGUCUGAAGAUGGACAGGGUAGAGGAGGUAAGAUUUCAAAGCUGGUUGAAGUCAAUAUUCAGGCCAUUGGGCUGUAAGCUCCGAAGGCAAUAUGUCAGGUGGCGUUCUUCCAGUUUACAUUUGGCCUCACCCUGACAAUGGAGAAAGCCAAGGAUGGACACGUCACCAGGAGAGUGGGACGGGGAGUUAAAGUGGACGGCAGCCAGAAUGUCGGGUUAGUUGGGCAGAGCGCAGAUGCUCCGCAAACCCAGAGUUCAUUAGAUAUAUUCGGGAGGGAGCCACCUAGUUCUCUAAUGUUCUUCAGGGAAGGAAACUGUCAUCCUUACCCGGUCUGGCCUGUGCUUGACUCCAGACCCACAGCAAUUUUAUCAACUCUUAAUUGCCUUCUGGGCAAUUAGGGAUGGGGCAGUAAACACUGGCCCAGCCUGGGAUGCUGACAUCCCAUAAAUGAAUAAAAAAUAAACAUGCCUCUUGCAGCUAAAAGGAUCAAGAGGUAUGGAGAGAAAGUGGGAGUGGGAUACUGAAAUGGCAUGAUUAGCCAUGAUUGUAUUGAAUAGUGGUGCACGCUCAAGGGGCUGAAUGGCCUAGCCCUGCAUCUGUUUUAUGUUUCAAUUUUAGAGUUUCUACAUUGGGUUCAAACAAUAAUUAUGGCACAAACUGUGCCCAAAGGUAUGCCCAUUUCAAAGCGUGGAUGCUAUUGUAUAGUUUCUUAGGCCUAGAGCUCAAAUGCAUUUGCAGAUCACCAAAACCUACCAUGAAUCAAUUAGUGUUUUAAAGUGUAAUGAUUUUUUAAAAAAAGUUUAAAAGUAUCCUUGAUAUAUGAAACUUGAUGCAAUGGAGUGGGGAAAUGGGUUUAUUACAAAGUAUUUUUAAUGACAGUGUCAAGCACUUGUGAGUGGGAAGGAGAAAGUCACCAUUCUCAUUACAAUGAGAGAACAUUGUCAGGGCUGGAGGGUUGAGCUAUAGGGAGAAGCUGAAUAAGCUGGCGCUAUUUUCCUUGGAGCGUUCAGAGGCUGAGGGGUGACCUUACAGAGGUUUAUAAAAUCAUGAAGGGCAUGGGUAGGGUGCAUAGUCAAGGAGUUUUCCCCAGGAUAGGACAGUGCAAAACUAGAGGGUGUACAUAGAACAUAGAACAUUACAGCACAGUACAGACCCUUCAGCCCUCGAUGUUGUGCCGACCUGUCAUACCGAUCUCAAGCCCAUCUAACCUACACUAUUCUAUGUACCUCCAUAUGCUUAUCCAAUGACGACUUAAAUGUACCUAAAGUUGGCGAAUCUACUACCGUUGCAGGCAGAGCGUUCCAUUCCCUUAAUACUCUCUGAGUAAAGAAACCACCUCUGACAUCUGUCCGAUAUCUGUCACCCCUCAAUUUAAAGCUAUGCCUCCUCGUGCUCGCCAUCACCAUCCUCGGAAAAAGGCUCUCCCUAUCCACCCUAUCUAACCCUCUGAUUAUUUUAUAUGUUUCAAUUAAGUCACCUCUCAACCUUCUUCUCACUAAUGAAAACAGCAAGUCCCUCAACCUUUCCUCAUAAGACCUUCCCUCCAUACCAGGCAACAUCCUAUAAAUCUCCUCCGCACCCUUUCCAAAGCUUUCACAUCCUUCUUAUAAUGCGGUGACCAGAACCGUACGCAAUCCUCCAAGUGCGGCCGCACCAGAGUUUUGUACAGCUGCAGCAUAACCUCAUGGUUCCAGAACUCAAUCCCUCUAUUAAUAAAAGCUAAAACACUGUAUGCCUUCUUAACAGCCCUGUCAACCUGGGUGGCAACUUUCAGGGAUCUGUGUACAUGGACACCGAGAUCUCUCUGCUCAUCUACACUACUAAGAAUCUUACCAUUAGCCCUGUACUUUGCCUUCCGGUUACUCCUACCAAAGUGCAUCACCUCACACUUGUCUGCAUUAAACUCCAUUUGCCACCUCUCAGCCCAGCUCUGCAGCUUAUCUAUGUCUCUCUGCAACCUACGGCAUCCUUCGUCACUAUCCACAACUCCACCGACCUUAGUGUCGUCUGCAAAUUUACUAACCCAUCCUUCUACACCCUCAUCCAGGUCAUUUAUAGGUUUAAGGUUUAAGGUAACAUAAAAGGGAUAUAAGGGGAAACAUUCACACAGAGGGUGGUGCGUGUAUGGAAUGAGCUGCCAGAGGAAGUGGUGGAGGCUGGUAUAAUUACAACUUUUAAAAGGCAUCUGGAUGGGUACAUGAAUAGGAAGGGAUUGAAAGAAUAUAAGCCAAAUGCUGGUAAAUGGGGCUAGAUUUAUUUAGGAUAUCUGGUCAGCAUGGACGAGUUGGACAGAAGGGUCUGUUUCCAUGCUGAAUAUCUCCAUGACUGAAUGUCUGGUGAGUGGGCAAAUGCAUAGCGAUGCAAUAUAAUGUGGAUAAAAGUCAGAUUAUCCACUUUGGUAGCAAAAAUAGGAAGGCAGGUUAUUGUCUGUAAGUUGAGAGAGGGGUUUGUUCAAUGAGACCUGGGUGUCCUAGUGCGCUCGUCGCUGUAAGUAAGCAUCCUCCAUUGCAAUGUUCACUAUCUUCAAAAAUCUCUCAGAUACAACAAAGAACUGUGGAUAUGGGAGAUCCAAAACAAAUAAAAUCAGAAAUUGAAUGGA